AUGAAGGAAACCUGAAAUGUUUCUUUCCUUUUUGCUAUCACUUUACAACCAUGCUGUUCGUCUUGGUCACACAGAACCUUAUGGAACAAAAUGCACAAUGCUUUAUCAUCUCACUGAUGAAGGCAAUGCUUUUGAUUUAGGUUUAUGUUAGGGCUGAAAUUGAUUUUUGCGUUUCUUUGAAAAUAAAUUGCAGUAUCAAUAUGUAAUGUUAAAAAAAAGCAUAUUAACAGUUAAUGUAACUUAACGUCUAACACUUACAUUUAUGGAAUAAUAAGCAAGGUAUUAUUUGAAUGUGUGCUGCAACAGCAAACAUGUAUCCCAGUGAAUCAUUAUGUGUAUAUUCAAGACCUGAAUUAAAGUGGUAUUUUUGCAGUCUGCAAUUUGACUUGCUUCAUCAUGGAAGUAUACAUAUUUACUUUCUAUAUUUGUUAUAUUUUGCAUGUGUUGUUGCAGGCUUUUCAUACAUCCUUUGUCACAAAUUGUAUUGGGUUAAAUCUCAACAUCUAGGCUAAUAAUACUUGUCUUUACAUUCCCUUUUUCAGCAUGUUGCAAUAAACUAUAAUUCUAUCAUCUUAACACUGUCUUAGAGACUGCUCCCCACGUACUUUCAUCAAAUGUUUCCAUAUGGUUUAUAGACUGAUACGGAUUUUCCUUUCAGUCAACAAUACACGUGAUUUGAUAACAAUGUGUUUCCAUAUCUUGAGUUAUUAAAGUAAUCUUGUGAUUAUUCUUUCAUUUGAUCCAGGACAACUAAGUUUCUGCAGCGCCACACAAGACAUGACUGGGGGAAACAACUGCCAAGGUAACCCUGUUUUAAAAUAUAGUAUUCAAUUACAAAUGCAAUUAAAUGUUAGAAAUAUGUAAAACAUGUUUACAGUUGAAAUGCAUAAAUGAGAAGCUUAGAGUAUUAACUAGCCUGCAUUAUGUUAAUGCUUACCCUCAUUUCUGUGUUCUGCUGCUGUAUGUUGAUUCACCCCUUGCCAUGGGUUGACGGAUAAACAUACAAAGCCUUUGUAAAGAUGUCCGAUCUGUUCUAUUUUCCUCCAUAAUUCUCUGUUGUGCUCAUCAUCAUGCUAUACCCUACAGUGUGUCUUACCAUUACAUCCUAUUAUUCUCUUUCACUUGCUUGCUCUUUGAUCAGCCUCCUCUCAGUUUCCAGUGAUGUGAUGCUCGGUGAAUUGAAAAGUUUCUCUUCAGAGUCAGGUAGCUAACUUCACAGUGUGUCCUUGGAUCACCCCUUGUUCUGUGUUGUCAGUAUUCCAAGAUCCUUCUCAGUACUAUCACUGCACUUUUUUUUAGUCCACAGCAGCACACAACCACACAACAAAGGAGGCAUUUACAGGUAGAGCUCAACUGCUCAACAUUGCCCCCUGUAGUAAGUGACACUCGAUGAUCACUAACGAGACAGUCCAGCUAAGAAAAGUGUACAAGGUCCAAGGGCAUAAAAGUGAAUUCUCUCUUUUCAAAUAGAUAUUAGAAAUCCAUAUUUUAUUCAUUUUGACCUUUUUUCCCCACUGUAAGUUCAAGUGGAGGAGACACUACAUGUGAAAAUUAAAUUCAUAUUGAAACAGAAAUAUUUUGUUGACAUUAGAAAGCACUUCCACCAAAGCAGUCACACAUACAAAACAAAUGUACAUACAUGUACAUUUUCAAAGCAACGUGGAAUUAAAUACAAAAAUGACCUUAAUGUUAAAUAUAGACAAAUAAUGUAAACUCAGGGGGCCCCAAGUUAAUCCCAUUUCUUCCCACACACACACACACUUGAUGAUCCCUUACUUUUGAAUGUUUUAUAGUGCAGUAGUAUUUGAAACAGGAACAGCAACUAAACCUUUGAUUCCUCAGUCGGGAGCCCACAGAGGGAGGUGUUUUCAGGUUGACCCAUGAGAUCAGACGCCCCCGGCCCUCACCUCUUCCCUGCCUCUCCUGUGGGAGACACAGAGUGGAGGAUCAUGGAAAGGCUUCAAUGACAGCAGCAGGCCAACCAGUAAACAGUGCCCAGUAUGACCUACUGUAUGAUUGAGAGGGACAGUAUAUGUUUUAGGAAAAAAACAUAUUCAAAAAGAUGUUUCCAUCAUGGCGAUCGGAUGCCUUAUACAUAAGUGCAGCAGAUGGUGCUAUUGUGCAGUGCUAAACACAUCCCAUCACAUAAAGAUUCUGAAUAGCUAUUGGUAAGAUCAAUGAUGUAAAAUACUUGACAAUUGAAUUGACAAUGCUGCACGGCUAAAUAUAUGAAGAUAUGUUAUUAGCCAAAUCAUUUUAAAGGCUCAAUCCACAAGGAUGCAACACUAACAAAUAUAAAACACAGGAAUGGUAAAAGCCAAAAUAACUCCAAACAGAUUGGUAUAAGUAAUAACCCCUACUGACCGCCACUGAAUGUUAAAAAAAGUUAUCAAUGUUUCCUAAUGCUGCUAGUGUUUAUCUUACACUUUCAAAAAGGAAAUGGCGCGCCGUGGGAUGGUUAAAUGAGGAAGUGCAUGAUAGUUGAGGAUGUGUGACAUUGAAGAUAAAUUGGUUUACCUCGAAAUGGGUUGCAAGAUACCUCCAUUUCUGCCAUCUCUAAAUCUCUCUGAACAAGACGGUGGUUCUGUUUAUUGCAAAUGUUUCCUUAGCAUAUGCUGCCGAUGGUAAAUAAUCUAUCAGCUGCUUCCUGUGGAGGUCAGUAAAGGUUAUACCUAAUUCUUGACACACCAGUGUCCAUCUCUUUCUCAUGUCUCAGAUAACCAGCCAUCAUACACAUUUAUUAUUUAAUCUAAUAGGUGAUUUUCAUGUGGAGGAUUUGACCUGGUGCUUGGUUUCAUUCUAUCUCUAUUUAAAUGUUUCUACACCACCAACGGGCAAAUGCAGAUUACAUAUUUUACCUGAACAGUCGAUAUAAAAACAACCCACUCACCAUAUUUGAGUUGUUUGUUUUUUAAGAUCACUUUGGUAAAGGGCAUGCUUAUUACACAAAUGAGGAAGCUGAAGUGUUCACAGUAGGAGAAUGAGUCAGUAAGAUACACAUAACCACAAAAGUAAGAACGAUACUUUACUGCUAGAGUUCUAAUGUACCCCAAACCCAAAAUAGAUAUGUGAAGUUUAAAGAUAAUACUGAUUUUGUUUUAGUUUUCCUAGUAUGAGACUUUUUUCAUGCAUCCACCUUAGAAAUAAGCCUGGUACCUUGUGUUUUUAUCUUUUGCAUUAUGCGUUAUCAAGCAGGGUAUGCUUAUUGUAUUGUAUUAUAAAUCAAAUUACCUACAAAAAUCCCGUAUGUGGAAUAAUUAGGUAGUUAAUUACAAAAGAUGGAAUCACUGCUCAGGUGUCCCAGAGGGCAUUUUCCUGAAUAUUAACACAGACCAUCUGACAUGUAAUUACCUGUGCUCAAAUUACUUUAAUAACCUCGAAUAACCCAUCCAUCAUAGCAGCUGUUAAUGCUUUAAUGAAGUUGUGUGAAUAACAUUGGUACGUGUGUAUUAUAUUUGUGUUAUUAUAUGCAUGCCAAAUAUAGCUUGUAUUAUAUGAACACUUUUUCUUAUUCAGUAUUUGGCCGCCUUUUACUGUCAGUGUUUCUGCAAUGGUGUUACAUAUUCAGAGUGAACAUGUUAAGCACUCUGUUUUUUAAGCAGCUCUUUGGUCAUGGGUCUGUUGUAAGCGUGUCCCUGUAACCACACCCCAGCCACAGUGAAAGAAAGUGUGCGCUUCAGCAUGUUCCAUUGACCGCUGCAGUACUGCAAGCCUUUGCAUAUCCACAGUUCCAGAAUGCCAUAUAGAACAACAGACAGGGACUGUAGUGCAGCGCCCUCGUAUACCACACCCUCCCCCAUCACCAUCCAUCCCCCUCCCCUCUCCCCUGACCCCCCAAAAUACUCCUAUGUAGUUCGGUGUGAAAGAGUCACGUGACUUUUGGCCCACCAGCUCAAGUGCAUUUGUUCUGUGCUGAUUGUUUUAGAGGAUUUUGCCUCCAUCAACAGAAAAGUGGAGGGGAUAACUUUUUGGAGUUCAGCCUAGAGAUUCCUCUUUGACGUUUCGCUCUCUCCCAGCUUGCACUCUCUCUCACUCUUUCCCUGAGGAAAGGCUGGUACUUAAGACGGUUAAUUUAUCCUGAGAAAUUCAGGUAAGAUGAUGUCGGGUCGUUUGUUCAUUGCUGCUGCCACUUAGAUUUGGGAUACAAAUAAUAAAGUAGAUUGCAUAUCAGAACAUGUUAACCAGAAAGUGUAUGUCUUACAGGUGGGCCUAGAGGGCCUCCGCCAUGUGAGAGUGACAGGCUUUCAAUACAUAGCUCGCAUUAUCCACAUGCAAUGUGCCUUUUUUGCAUGAAUGUGUGAUGCAUAAAUUGUUUUUUUUUUAUUACAUGAUACAUUUCUCAUGGUUCUUUGCCAUUUCUCUGGUUCCUUUCAUGUGUACAGAGACAUCUAAGCUGUUUACACCCCUCCACAAGAGUAGUGAUGAUGCAUGUUAUCUCUGAAAGCUCGGAGCUAAAGGGAUGCCAUUGGCACAGAUGUUUGACAUGUUCUGCUGUGAAAAGCUCAUUUCUCUUGCCAUUUCAUAUCAAUCUUUUGUUGUCAUACUUAAAACAUCAGUUACGGUCUGUGCAGCUUCACAGGAGAAAUGGUUUAACCUAAGGGAUAUCUUUUAGGAGUUGGACACAUUUCUCAAAAGUGACCUUUCUUUUAAGCUAUAGUUUUUGUUUGAAGCCCUUGUUCAAUAUUUAAUUUGUGGCUUUAUUUGUAUCCUCUAUUAUCUUUCAUAUUUUCUUCAGCUAUUUGCUGAUUUGGGUUUCAUGUGGUUGGUCUAGGUAAUUGACAUAUUCAGUUAGUGUAAAAAGCAUGUUCAAACAGAUAGAGUCCAUAUGAGCUAAAUAUUGUUGUUGGUAUGUUUACUCUGUCCAGUCCAGCAGCUCUCAGGGAUAGGCAAACACCCUCAUGUAUAUUUGGGCAGCUUCCUCCUUGAAUGAGGUACACAUAUUGCUGAAACACAUCUCUAUGACACAAAGGUCACACAGAGUCUACCAAAAUGAGUCAGUAUUUGAGGAAAUGUUGUGGUAAACACUGCUGCCAGGAAGUUGUGUAAAUGGUUGGAGUUAAUGGUAUGUGGCAGUGAAAAUGUUGUUUUAAGCUCCUAGGCCUGCAGGGUAAUUCUAAAUAGGAAAUGUAAAUCAACGUCUUCCCUUCAUUAGAUACUAAAAUGGUGGUGUUUUAACUGUAGCUCAACGAUAAGCCCCCAUUUUCACCUGUGGCGGUGUUGGCUCAUAUCACAGCAGACUGACUACACUUUGUUCCUGCCUCUGCAUCCUCUCCUCAGGCCAUUCCCGUCUCUUUAAUACAUCUCCUACUGAAAAAGCUACAAACCCUGUUAAAAAGACUAACAAUAUUGCUACAAGUACACUUGCAACACUGACUUUCAUCUUGUUUUUCUCCUGCACAGUGCAUAAAGCCUAGACCACUUUCCUAGUGUCACUCAUGAUGCACAGCUUCAUGGGAGGGGGCCUCUUUUGUGCCAUUGUGGGAAACAUCCUGUUGGUGGUGUCCGCAGCCACAGACUACUGGAUGCAGUACCGUCUGUCCGGCAGCUUUGCCCACCAAGGCCUGUGGAGGUACUGCAUGUCUGGCAAGUGUUACAUGCAGACUGACAGCAUUGCCUACUGGAAUGCCACUCGUGCUUUCAUGAUCCUUUCUGCCAUGUCAUGCUUUGCUGGCAUCAUCGCAGGAAUCCUCUCAUUUGCCCACUUUUCGGCCUUUGAGAGGUUCAACCGCUCAUUUGCUGCUGGGAUCAUGUUCUUUGUUUCAACUCUCUUUGUUCUGCUUGCAAUGGCCAUUUACACUGGAGUGACUGUGAACUUCCUGGGCAAGCGCUUUGGGGACUGGCGCUUCUCUUGGUCCUACAUACUAGGCUGGGUGGCACUGCUCAUGAACUUCUUUGCAGGUAUAUUCUACAUGUGUGCCUACAGAAUGCAUGAGUGCAGAAGAGUUGCAGGCCCACGUUAAAGUAAACAGGAAAUAAUGUGUCAAGGGUGCAAAGAAUAACAAUUCCCUUUCGAAAAUUGAGAAUUAACUGUAAAAUAAUAAAAUUUGGAAUUUGCUUAUGCACCAAAGAUAA